CCUUGCUGUGACUGGUAUUGCUAGUUGGGUUGCAGAAGGGGCCGGGGGCUAGACCAUUAUAACUCAUUGGGAAUACGAGACCUGAGAAACGUUUAGUUAGCUAGCGUCCUUCUUAAAUUUAUGCUUCUGAGAAGUUAAGACGUAUUGUUAAACUAAGCCCGAGAAGCUACCGUCUGGAACCGUUGUUUAGCAGUUGGUAUUUCCUGGUUGUGUACGUAGCUAGCUAGCAGCAGCCAUUUUGGUUCUCUCCAGAAAACUAGCCAGUCUUUGGAAAUUAGGGGUAGCGUUACUUUCCCAGGCGGCUCUCUCCCCUUCAACCAAAUAUUUACAUUCUUGACGAAGAAAAGAAGUGCCGUUUUAGAAGAAGGGAUUUACUCUUGACGAGCCCACGAUGAAUCCCGAAUAUGACUAUUUAUUCAAGCUGCUGCUGAUCGGUGACUCUGGUGUGGGAAAGUCAUGUCUUCUCCUCCGAUUCGCUGAUGACACCUACACAGAAAGCUACAUUAGCACUAUUGGCGUGGACUUCAAAAUUCGUACCAUAGAAUUAGACGGAAAGACUAUUAAACUUCAGAUUUGGGACACUGCGGGGCAGGAGAGGUUUCGCACAAUCACAUCCAGCUACUACAGAGGAGCGCAUGGCAUCAUUGUUGUCUACGACGUCACAGAUCAGGACUCCUUCAAUAAUGUUAAACAGUGGCUACAGGAAAUCGACCGUUACGCCAGUGAAAACGUCAACAAGCUAUUGGUCGGGAACAAGUGUGACCUGACAACAAAGAAGGUGGUGGAUUACACAACAGCAAAGGAAUUUGCAGACUCCUUGGGCAUCCCGUUCUUGGAAACCAGCGCCAAGAACGCCACCAAUGUGGAGCAGGCCUUCAUGACCAUGGCAGCUGAGAUCAAGAAGAGGAUGGGCCCAGGAGCCACGACUGGCGGCUCUGAGAAGUCCAACGUCAAGAUCCAGAGCACCCCCGUAAAGCCCUCCUCUGGGGGCUGCUGCUGAGAGAGACCUCACCUCCUGUACCCCAUCACCCACCCCUCUUUGGCCUCUCAGUCCCCUUCCACCCAAGCCCCAGUCUCUGGUCUCCACCUUGUCCCAGUGAACCUAGCAGUUCUGGAGAGAAAGAGUUGGGAGUCUGAUACAGAGAGCAUGUGUGUGUGUGUGUGAGAAAGAGAGAAAACAAAAUUGAAGUUGCCUGAAUUUGUAAUGUAUGUAUUGUAGCCUCGUAUAAAUAACUGAAUAUCCCCUCCUCCUGGUAAGAGUUGUAGAACAGUGUUGGUGAUAUGGAAAUGGUCAUCUGGUCCCUCCAACCUAACCUGGAUCCUCUGCUCAAGUUAAAUGCCCUUUCGCCCUGUGCAGGUUAAUGAGAGUAAUGCGUGUGUGUGUGUGACUGUGUGUAUCUCACUGCAUUCCUACUGUGGGGUUGGUCUGUGUUCAAAGGCUAUUGUUUUCUGUUUUUAUUUACCCAUCUUAAGCUCUUUUUUUUUCUCAACUUUUUUCCUACCCCAUUGAUUAUUCUGCUGUUUGUAUCGGCAUGUGUAGACCUCUGUCCCUUUCGAAGGUGUUAAUUUCUCGCCAACUUGUCAGCCAACUGCACAACAGUGUCUCAUUGUCCUACAUUUAAAAGAAUCUAGUGGAAGAAUAUAUAUGUACAUAUACAUUAUGUGUGUGUAUAUAUGAUCUGAUUUGCUAGAUCUUUAGUGCUCAGUACAUUAUCGGGUAGUCUUUACUUUAUUUCUACAUAAAAUUUGUGGCUGCAGAAAAUUGUAAUUUUGUUGCUCAACAUGUAACAUUUAAACGGAAAAAUAAAGAAAUAUUGUACUACCAGAUUGUAUGAUAUGGAACAAUCUGUCUGCGUUUCUUGGUGGAACAUGUAGAAAACUUGUUUUAAUAAUUUAUUCUGCAUUUAUAUGGCGAAUCUAUUGUACCAGUAACUUUGGUCUGUCUACAAGUUGGCCAUUACCUGUGGAAUAUCUCAGUGCAGAAUUGCAUAUAAAACACUAUGUUCUUUUUUCAUAAUAAAGGCAACUGGAUUCAGUUUACAAAAAA